AUGACUGCUUUUAUAUUCAAGUAUCUUCUCGUAUUUGCUUGCCUGUGUUACGGGACCAUCGGCGACAAAGCUCCAGAUGGAUUCACUACCCAUGCAAAAAGUGAACGCUGCCCGAAUCUUUGUCUUUAUUUUGAUUUCUGACGCUACCUGCCCCUUCAAACAACGGCAGAGUACAUGAUUCGUUCUGCCACCAGCCAGAACUGCGCUUCUUACCCGCCUGCACAAGCGUGCUGGACCGAUAUAUGCAAGGCAUCCUCCAGGGGCAAAGCCACGAUCAAUAAUCUUGUAGACAUUGGCACGAGCGAUGUCUUUUGGGGCGAAUGCUCGACGUGAGUGUGUUGACAAGAUUGGUGGUGUAUGUCGCUGCCUUCUUACUGACGACGUGGAACUACAGUGGAAACUCAUCGCCCAAGACGGACACGGACUGGACCGCAAAGGUGAGACGAGAAGUGAUCGCUUCUCUCUUGCGAUGCAUCUCGGCGCUGACGGACUGCUGUCGGCACAGGUUGCGACCGGUCUUGGCUUUUUUCCUCCCGGUAGCUAG